CAGCCGCGGGACCCUCCCGGAGGCCGCGGCGGCCGCGAGGACCCCGCUGAGCCCCCCGAGCCCCGACACGGCCGAGCCAUGUUCAACCCCGUCAGCCCCCCGGCUGCCGGCUACUCGGAGCACUGCUGCCUGCGGGCCCCCCCCGGGCCGGCCCCCCCCAGCCCCGGCCUGCCAGGCUUCGAUUUCCCCCUGUGCCACCAGACAAACCUCAUGAGCAGCCACCGUGGGCUGGUGCCCCAGCACCAUGGGCUGGUGCCAGGCAGUGAGCAGCCAGGCGCUGCUGAGGGCUCACGGUUCUCGACGCCCCGUGGCGUGGGCAGGCUGGGCAAGAAGCGGGCACUGUCCAUCUCGCCUCUGUCAGACUCCAGCAUCGACCUGCAGACCGUCAUCCGCACCUCCCCCAACUCCCUCGUGGCUUUCAUCAACUCCCGCUGCGCCUCGGCCGGCGGCUCCUACGGCCACCUCUCCAUCAGCACCAUCAGCCCAUCCCUGGGGUACCAGAGCUCACCCAGCCAGCAGAAGGGCCAAGGCCACCUGUACAGCCACACCACUCCCACCCCACCCUGUAGCUCCCACGAGCAUCUCCCCACCCGCCCAGGGCUCCUGCACCAUGCCCCAGCUCGUGGCACCCUCAAACACUGCCAGCAGCUGAAGUUGGAGUGGAGCCUGAGCAGCCCCUUGACUGUCAAAUACCCAGAGGAGAGAUCUGAAGGUGACAUCUCCAGCCCAGCUUCCACAGGCACCCAGGACCCCUUGCUGGGGAUGCUGGACGUCCGAGAGGACCUGGAGAAGGAGGAUGGGAAACCCGAGUCUGAGACUGUGUAUGAAACCAAUUGCUACUGGGAUGGUUGUGCCAAGGAGUUUGAUACCCAGGAGCAGCUGGUGCAUCACAUCAACAACGAGCACAUCCACGGGGAGAAGAAGGAGUUUGUGUGCCACUGGGCAGCUUGUUCCCGGGAGCAGAGGCCCUUCAAGGCUCAGUACAUGCUGGUGGUGCACAUGAGACGGCACACGGGCGAGAAGCCUCACAAGUGCACGUUUGAGGGCUGUAACAAAGCCUACUCCCGCCUGGAGAACCUCAAGACUCACCUGCGCUCGCACACGGGGGAGAAGCCGUAUGUGUGUGAGCACGAGGGCUGCAACAAGGCCUUUUCCAACGCCUCUGACCGAGCCAAGCACCAGAACCGCACCCACUCCAACGAGAAGCCCUACGUGUGCAAGAUCCCUGGCUGCACCAAGCGCUACACAGACCCCAGUUCGCUGCGCAAACACGUCAAGACGGUGCACGGCCCCGACGCCCACGUCACCAAGAAGCACCGAGGGGACGCGGUGCCAGGCCGUGCCUUGCCCACCCCCGCUGCCCACCCCCAGGACAUGAAGCAGGAGAAAGACACAAACGGUGUCACCGAGGCCAGGAAGGACGAUGCCAAACUCCUGCUGCCCGAUUUGGCCCUGAAGCCUCAGCCCAGCCCGGGCGGGCAGUCGUCCUGCAGCAGCGAGCGCUCCCCGCUCGGCAGCACCACCAACAACGACAGCGGCGUGGAGAUGGCCGGCAACGCCGGCGGCAGCUACGAGGACCUGUCCACCCUGGAGGACGUGGUGCCAGGGGAGCCCAUGGGCACCUCGGGGCUCAUGGCCCUCCACAAGCUGGAAAACCUGCGCAUUGACAAGCUGAAGCACAUGAGGCAGCCGCCGGCUACCAAGAGCCUGAGCCUGCCAGCCGUCCCUGGCGCCGGCCUCUGCGGGGAGCCGCCCGGCACCGCCGCGCCCGCCCCGUCUCACCGGCGCCUGGCCGAGCCGUGUGCGCCGGAGCCGGCUCCGCCGAGCGAGCGCCGGGGCAGCGGCACCAGCAGCGUCAGCUCCGCCUACACCGUGAGCCGCCGCUCGUCGCUGGCCUCGCCGUACCCGCCGGUGCCCGCGCUGCCGGACGCCUACGAGCCCGCGUCCCCGGACGACGCCACGGGCUGCGGGGGGCUGCCGGGGCUGGGCACCCUCAGCCCGGCGCAGCGCUACCGCCUCAAAGCCAAAUACGCCGCGGCUACGGGGGGGCCGCCCCCUACCCCGCUGCCCGGCCUGGACGGGGCGGGCUCGGGCUGCCGCGCCGGGGACUACCCGGGGCCGGCCGAGCCGCGCUUCCUCGCCAACGGGCUGCCGCGGAGCCGCAGCUCCAACGGCUACCCGGGCUACGCCGCCCCUCCGGCGGCGCCCCGCCACGGCGCCCGGCGUGCCAGCGACCCCGCCCGGCCGGCCGCCGACCCUCCGCCCGUGCCCCGGGUGCAGCGCUUUAGGAGCGCGGGGAACGUGAGCGCGCCGGGGGCCGCGGGCAGGACUCCGCUGACGCCUUUGGGGGGGUCGGAUGCCGACCCCCGGCGCCACGUCUUCUCCCCGCGCCCACCCAGCAUCAGCGAGAACGUGUUCCUGGAGAGCGCGGGCGCGGGGGCCGGCGUGUUGGACGUGGAGCAGUACCUGGGCUACCCGGGGGAAAGCUUCCCGUGCCAGCCCGUGGAGCUGCAGUGUGAGGGUCUCUAUGGCGGCGCCCCCCGGAGCGCGGCGGCUCUGCCCCUCAGCGCGGGGGGGCACGGGGACGUGGAGGAAGGGUUCCUUCAGGACUUCAGCCUGCCUCAGUGCCAGCUGGACCAGCACUUCGCGGGUGUGAGCGAUGCCGGCGGGACCCUGCCGGCGCCUUGGGACGAGCCUCCUCCCCGGGGCAGCGCGGACGCGAGCUCUGGGCAGCUGAGCGCCGCCGCCCUGCCCGGGGGUCACUGUCACCCCCCAAGGACUGAGUACCCCCUCCCCGCUCCCUGCGGGCAGCCCCCCAAAGCCGUGAGCUCGUGCCAGGGCGGCGGGUUUUCCGCCGGGCACCGGCUGAACCGACUGCAGAUCAAAUCUGAGCAGCGGUACCCGGCGGCCGCCCCGGCCCUGGCUCCCUGCCACAGCGCCAGGCUGCCCGGGCACACGCAGCCCCCCGCGCCCUUCGGCCGAGCCCCGGCUGGAAGCGGCUACCGGCCGGAGGAGCCGGCGCCCGUCGGCUACCUGGGCGUGUUGAGCCCCGGCACGAGGAGAGCCCCGAGCCCCGGCGUGCACAGCAAGGAGGGGAUGGUCCGCAGCUACGUGCAGGCUCAGCAGGAGCUGAUGUGGGGAAACCAACUGGCCUCCAAGGGAGGCGAGGCCGGCGUGGGGCUGGGCACGGAGCGCGGGCAGUGCCAAGCCCUGCAAGCGCCCCCUUACCUCAGCCCCAAGUACUCUGCUUACCAAAGCAAACCGGGUCACCUCCAGGGCCUGGCGCAGACCCCCCACCCCGGCAGCGCCCCGUCCUUCGUCCCCCAGCUGCUGCCGCAUCCCCCGGCUGGUCCCAAGCCCCCCGGUCCCCAGAGCAGCCUGAGCUACGUGGGCAGCCUGAGCCUGGCUCAGCCGGGUCACUCCUACGAGGGGGUGGCAGCCGCCUCCCGGAGGGUCCCCCGCUUGCCCCCCGCCCACCCCGCGGCAGAGGGGCCGGGUCACGCCCUGCUGUGUUACCCAGGGCAGGUGGGCAAAGGGGGGCAGAAGCUGCUGGGGCAAACAGCAGCGAGCUGUGGGGGUCCCGGGCACUACGGCGGGGGGUUGGAAGGACUCAAAGGCAGCUCCUGUUAUUACCCCGAUGUGGGGGAGCAAGUGGCCAACAGCCUGGACUCCUUGGACCUGGAGAACACGCACCUUGACUUUGCUGCCAUUGUGGACGACGCAGAGACCCCCAUGCUGCUGCCUGGGCCCCCCAGCCCCGACUCCAGCCUCUUGUUUCCUGCUUCUGGAGGUGCCAACAUGGCUGUGGGCGACAUGAGCUCCAUGCUGAGCACCCUGGCAGGGGAGAGCCAUUUCCUCAACUCCCUGUCCUAA